UCUUCUGACUGAGCAGCUACCCAGUUUCCACUGGAUUCAGCUGUGGGGCAGCAGCUGCGGCUGUGGACAGUGAGGUAGUGUGAGUAUCUCCCGACAGCUACUCACUGUUGCAACCAGCUCCUCAGGACUUGCACUUUCUCCAGAGUAUGGUGAAUUGGACCUGAUUUCAAAGUUGACUGGUGCUAGAGGAAAAGGUGGAUCUGCGAUCACUGAGAGAAGAAAGCCCCUUUCCCCUUCUGCUGACUGGGCCAUCAUGGGUAAUGUCUGUUUGAGGGUCUGGGCAUAUUUGCAGCCCUGUUUCCCCUGUGUGUCCCAGGAUGCCGACAGCUCAUUGGUGAUUGAGAAUCCAGGGGCUCACUGUGCCCCUGAACCUCCACAGUCACUAAAGCAGAAACAAGAGAGAAGCCACAGCCAGUACUUUGUUGCUUUGUUUGAUUACCAAGCUCGGACCACAGAGGACCUGAGCUUCCGUGCAGGUGACAAACUCCAAGUCCUGGACACUUCGCAUGAGGGCUGGUGGUGGGCCAGACACUUGGAGAAAAGGGAAGACAGCUCCGGCCAGCAGCUGCAGGGCUACAUUCCUUCUAACUAUGUGGCUGAGGACAGAAGCCUACAGGCAGAGCCGUGGUUCUUUGGAGCACUCAAAAGAGCAGAUGCAGAAAAUCAACUGUUGUAUUCAAAAAAUCAGACAGGUGCCUUUCUAAUCAGAGAAAGUGAAAGCCAGAAAGGAGAGUUCGCCCUUUCAG